AUGGCUCUUAGUCGCUUAGUAAGACUUCCUAAUGGACUGUCUAAGACCUUCUGGCCACGAUACAGCGGUAAAAGAGCAGGACGUCUCGUCAAAGAUAGAGGAAACGAUCGUUACCAGUUGAUCAGCGUUGCUCAACCACGGGAUCCUAACCGUGUUGCUACACUAACAAGAAUUCACCGUUCCCGAAACCCAGCGAACUUGACACCAGUCACCAUAUCCCCCGCAAGCCCAAAAGGAGGUUUGUCGUCGACCCAUGUUCCAUCUUUUUUGGUCUCAAAUGUUAUGUCCUUGGCUCCUAAUAUCGAUGAAUUACGCCAUGUUGUUCUGAAUGCAAAUUUGGAUUGUAUUUGCAUCGCAGAAUCCUGGCUUCGGAGUUUUAUUCAUGACAACGUGGUUACUCUAGAGGGGUUUAAUAUUAUUCGCAGGGACAGAGUCGAAUCUGAACACGGCGGUGUUUGUAUGUACAUCAAGGAUACGAUCAAUUUCACUGUUCUGGUUGAGUUACAAGAGCCAUCUUUCGAAAUGCUUUGGGUAAAACUUAGGCCGUUCCGUCUCCCAGGGGGAUGUAAUUUUAUUGUUGUUGGGACGCUUUAUCAUCCGCAAAGCGUCAGUGACCCAGCAAUAAUGGAAUAUUUAAUCAAGUGCUUAUCAACCAUUGAAUCGUGCUAUCCCAACUUUGGUAUUCCGAUUGCUGGGGAUUUUAACAGAUUGCAAAUCACACACCUCCGUAAUAAUUUCCAGCUAAAGCAAAUAGUCCAUUUUCCAACGCGUGGCAGAAGGACACCUGAUUCAGUCCUUACUAAUAUUUCUGAAUAUUAUCAGGAUCCCAUUGAACGCCUGCCUUUCGGUUUAUCUGACCAUGCCUCAAUUGAGCUCCAACCGAAAGAGAGAGCACAUGUAAAGCAACCCACUAUCACUAUUAAGACGAGAGAUUUGCACCCCAGUAAGCGCCAAGCAAUGGGCACCUAUUUGGAUGCUGUGGAUGUGAACACCUUGACUCGCGCCUUCAAAAUGUGCGCCGAAAAGGUCUCGCUCCUGGAACAGAUCAUAAAAACAGGACUUGAACAUAUUCUUCUUAUUCAAUCCCGGAGGGUGCACUCUACUGAGCCCCCUUGGAUCACAUGUACACUUAAAGAUCUUAUUCAAGCACGCCAGCGCGCCCUUUCCCGUGGGGAUAAUCAACAGUCUCGGGAGCUAGGGAAUCGCGUGAAUCGCGAACGAAAAGCGUGUCGGGCUAAGUACUUUCAAGCGAAGGUGAAGCACUUGAAGGAGUGUAGGCCGUCCGCGUGGUGGGAUGAAAUAAAAAAGCUUAGCGGCUCUUCUCCGGCUUUCACGAAGAGAUCUUACGUCACGAAGUCCCUGCGACACCUGUAUGGGCCCUCAGAUGACAUCUUUCUUGCCAACACCAUCAAUAAGGCCUUUCUCUCGCCUAUGCAGUGUUUCUCUCCGCUCCCUGCUGAUUUUCUCAUACUACCCUUUAAAAGUGCAACCCAACAACCUGCGCUUGUUGUAUCAAACGAGUCGGUUUAUAAGAAAUUGACGAAACUGAACAGAAGAAAAGCGCAUGGUCCUGAUGGCAUCCCAGGGUGGGUGUUGAAAGAAAAUGCAGAUUUACUGGCAGCGCCGAUAGCAGAUAUUCUCAAUUUAUCUUAUCGCGAAGGUCGUCUCCUUCAUUCAUGGAAAGAAGCGGAUGUCGUGCCGGUGCCCAAGCAAAGACCUUUGCAGGACAUAAACAAACACCUUCGACCCAUCUCCCUGACUCCAAUCUUGUCAAAGAUAGCGGAGGAGUACGUUGUCGACACUUAUGUUAAGCCCGCUGUCCUCUCAAAGAUCGACCUAUAG